AUGGCAGAGAAUUUGUCCUUGUUAUCGAGACGGCGGGCGACCGUAAAAGGUCAAGUCACGCGUAUUUACAAUUUCGCAGUUUCUAUGCCUUUGGAUCUUAUCGAUGUUAUAGAGUGCCAAGCGAGGUUACAAAAACUGGCCGAUUUGUGGAAGGAAUUUGACGAUGUUCAGGGCCGUAUUGAGGAUAUCGGUCUGGCCGAGGAUGAUGAACCAAGCGAGGAACAGGCACGAGAAAGAGAGGCAUUUGAGACAACAUACUAUCGUGCAGUGGCUGAAUUGAAGAGGCGAAUUGAUCCAAGGCAGGAACGACACAUUGAUAACGGGAUGCACGCGAGAGCGAAUCAGGAAUUUGUAAGCGAGACACGAGUUGGGAAAAUGAAGCUGCCUACCCUGGAACUGCCGAAAUUUGAUGGAACCCAGGCGCAGUGGCUAUCAUUUCGAGAUACAUUUCAAACGUUAAUUGAUAGUAAUACAUCAUUAGAAAAAAUACAAAAAUUUCAUUAUCUAAAGUCAUGUUUGCAAGGUAGCGCGGCUGAAGUCGUGCAAUCAUUAGAUGUAUCAACCGAUAAUUAUUCAAUCGCAUGGGCUCUAUUAAGAGAGCGAUUUGAAAAUAAGAAGUUGUUAAUACAUCAGCAUAUCCAUGCGCUGUUGGGCAUGGGUUCCAUCAUUAAAGAAUCUCCGGCACAAUUGCGUAGAUUAGUGGACGAAACGAAGAAGCAUCUCCGAGUAUUAAAAUCGCUAGGCGAGCCAGUCGAUGACUGGAAUAGCAUCAUCAUUUAUACAGUCAUGUCGCGCGUGGAUGUUCAAACCAAACGAAAAUGGGAAUCAGAGACAGUCGAAAAUGAAACACCCACGUUACAAGAACUUUUAGAUUUUUUGUCACGACAAUGUGUAAUAUUAGAAAAUUUGCAAACAAAUAAAUGUUCAAUUAAUUCGACUGCGUCCUCCUCUGUGCGUAGAGGAGAAAAAAUGAGUGUUAACAUAGGUCGGUUUGCUGACAAGAAUUGCGUAAUAUGUCACGGCGAUCAUGCAAUUUAUCAUUGUGCAAAAUUUAAAGACAUGACUACGUCGGAAAAAUUAGGCGAAGUACGGCGUCAUCGGUUAUGCUUCAAUUGUUUGCGCAGAGAUCACACGGCAGAUAGAUGCACGGCAAGCGGGUGCAGGCAAUGCGGAUUAAAGCAUAGCACGUGGUUGCAUAAUGAUAAACUCGGGAUAUCGGUAGACUCAAGGGCAAGGUCAAAUAACGAAAACUUGAUAUCGGAAAUCUCAAAAAAGACAAGGAGCGAUUCAAGCGAUCAGGCUAGUUGCUCGGUAGUGUCUACGGUAGUAACAUGUCCAAAUCAAGUGUUGCUUGCGACCGCUUCCGUCAGAAUCAAUGAUCGAUUCGGCAAUGAGCACCUGUGCAGGGCUUUCUUAGAUUCGGGAGCACAGGUAAACAUAAUUCGGAAAGAUGUAUGCAAGCGUCUUCAACUAAAGGAAAGGGUAGCUAACCUUUCGUUAUCGGGAGUUGGAUGUAGGUUGACUAGCGCCACGGGAACCGUCAGCGCAGUUAUACAUUCGGUUGUAGGUGAAUUUAGCGUCAGGUUGGAUUUUCUAGUCAUGGAAUGUAUAACAGACCCAAUGCCAUUGCAAAGAAUGGACAAGAAUGCGCUGCACAUCCCGAAGAACAUCAAGCUAUCAGAUCCAGAGUUUGGAACCCCCGGAGAGAUCGACAUUCUGCUGGGAGGCGGAAUAGUUUGGGAUCUGCUCUGUGUGGGACAGAUACGAUUGGGCCGCAAUUUGCCAACCUUGAAGAAGACGAAACUUGGUUGGAUCGUGGCAGGAAACAUGAUGAUGUCGGACGGACAUAAGCAUCAAACCCGCGCAACAUUGUGCGCAAUCGCUGGUGAACCAGAUUUAAAUCAUCAAUUGGAGCGUUUUUGGCUCAUAGAGGAGAGCCCACUGCAGCGGGAUGCCGGGAAGGAGACGAUGUGCGAGGAAGAAUUUAGGAACACACAUAAGCGAACGCCGGACGGGCGAUUCGUGGUACGUCUGCCUUUCCAGGAGGAUCCUAGUUGCUUGGGAGAAUCACGAAGAGCGGCCCUGAAGCGUUUACAGUCAGUCCAUUGGAGACUGGAUCGUGAUGCAAUCCUAAAGAGGCAAUACAUUGAAGUAAUGGAAGAUUACUUAAGGUCGGGACAUAUGACUCAAAUUGACGAGAAGAUAUCGGCAUCAGAGGAACCAGUGUAUUACUUGCCUCAUCAUGCAGUCGUUAAGGAGGAAAGAGAGACAACAAGGCUCAGAGUAGUCUUUGAUGCGUCGUGCAGAUCAUCAUCUGGCAAGUCACUCAACGAUGUAUUGAGAGUAGGACCAACUAUUCAACCAGAAUUAUUUGAGGUGGUUCUACGUUUCCGACAGCAUCGGUACGUACUGACGGGGGACAUCGAGCGAAUGUAUAGACAAAUAUACAUUGACCCUAAGCAGCGAAAUUUGCAACGCAUUUUAUGGAAGGCAGAUUCGACAUCACCGGUGGAGGCAUUCGUAUUAAACACGGUAACAUUUGGCGUUGCGACAGCUCCAUUUCUGGCUGUAAGGUGUCUGCAUCAAUUAGCGUGCGAGUGUCAAUCGGAAAGUCCAAGGACAAGUGAAGUCAUAUUAAAAGAUUUUUACAUGGACGACCUAAUUACCGGGACGGAUGAUGCAGAAGAACUGAAGAAAAUAAAAAAUGAAGUUAGUCGGAUACUCGCUGCAGGUGGAUUUCCAAUGCAUAAAUGGAAAUCAAAUUUGCCUGAACUGGUCGAGGACCGGGGUGAGUCAGAAGAAAACAUGAGAAAACCAUUGGGUGAACAGGUCAAGACUCUAGGAUUAUUCUAG